CCAGUUAGGGAAAUUAUGAGAAUAGGGGAAAAUAUUCGAUACGAUUUGGCAAUAUUGCCUAAUAUUGCCUUCUUGACACAUGCUACUGCAAGUGCGCUACACGCUACACGUAACUGCGCGGAACGCACGUUCCGAAUGUCACGUUAUCUUCAUUUUGCGUUUUCAUCGCCGGUCUCCGCGAAUGCUAAUGACUUAUCAAUUGGCGGAAAGAUAAAGGAUGGGAUACUGCCAGAGGCAGUCAUGGGCACGGCAGAGGAUCUCUUGACGGUGAAGAAUCAAACGUUAAAAACGGAUACCGAGUUAAAAGAAUCUAUUUACGAUUUAUUAAGGACAAUCAAGGAUCCUGAGAAACCACAAACUUUGGAGCAAUUGGAUGUUGUCUAUGAAGAUUGCAUAAAAGUUUGUCACAGCACACCUGGAGGAGUUUCUGUGAUUCGUGUGGAAUUUAAUCCUACAGUGCCUCAUUGCUCAUUGGCAACCCUAAUAGGAUUAUGCAUCCGUAUUAAAUUAGAACGUCAUUUAUCGGCGCUGAUUAAAUUGGAUAUCUACAUCAAGAAAGGUGCACAUUCUACUGAACAGGAAAUUAAUAAACAAAUUAAUGACAAGGAACGUAUAGCCGCUGCAAUGGAAAAUCCAAACUUGCGGGAGCUGGUGGAGAAAUGUAUACUAGAAGAGGAUUAUUAAUGUUUUACAGUGAAGCAUAUGUUAUGCCAAAUAUUUUUUGAAAUAUAUAAUUUUAAUAUAGUAGGAUAGAGUGUGUAAAAUAUAUAACGUGUAAAUAAACUGUGAAGUGUAUAGUGUGUAAAUAAAUAUUGUUCAUAUUUGUAUAUAAUUAAAUU